UUUGAAUAUUUCCCCCCCUUCGCUCCAAACUUUUUUUCCUCGGCGCUGCCUUCAGUCGGAGCACCGGGCAGCGGUGGGUGUGAUGCCGGUGAACGUGUGGUCGCUGUGUCGCCGUCAGAGCGCUCUCUCUGCGGUUCCACAGCAAUAAAAAAAAAUAAAAAAAAAGGAAAAGAAAAACACCCAAGGUGAGGUGAGCAGAAGGACAGGAGCUCCAUGUUAAAGGACUACACGUUGGAGAAAAGUGACUGCCCGGAGCCCGUCAGUAUGCGGGUCCUGUUGAGUGUCCUGUACCCCGUUCUUUCCCUCACCAUCUUCGGAUUAUACCCCUCCAUGACUAUCGGCCCAAAGGAGGGCUGGCAGGUGUACAGCUCAGCCCAGGAUGCUGAUGGGCGCUGCAUCUGCACAGUGGUGGCACCAGAACAGAGCCUCUGUUCCAGAGAUGCCAAGAGCAGACAGCUCCGCCAGCUACUAGAGAAGGUGCAAAACAUGUCUCAGUCCAUUGAGGUGCUGAAUCUACGGACUCAGAGGGAUUUCCAGUAUGUCAUGAAGAUGGAGAACCAGAUGAAGGGCCUGAGGACCAAGUUCAGACAGAUUGAGGAUGACAGGAAAUCCGUCAUGGCCAGAAAUUUCCAGGAGCUUAAGGACAAGAUGGACGAGCUGAAGCCGUUGAUCCCCGUGCUGGAGCAGUACAAGAUGGAUGCUGCACUCAUCUCCCAGUUCAAGGAGGAGAUCAGGAACCUGUCUGCCGUGCUGACAGGCAUCCAGGAAGAACUCGGGGCCUAUGACUACGACGAGCUUUAUCAGCGAGUCCUGCGAUUAGACAGCAGACUCCGCAGCUGUAUGGGCAAAUUGACGUGUGGGAAAUUAAUGAAAAUCACUGGACCUGUUACAAUAAAGACAUCUGGAACCCGGUUUGGGGCAUGGAUGACUGAUCCUCUAGCAUCAACCAGAAACAACAGGGUUUGGUAUAUGGACAGUUACACCAACAGCAAGAUUGUGCGUGAGUACAAGACGAUGGAAGACUUCGUGGCAGGAGUGGUCUCUCGAACCUACAGCCUCCCAUUUAAAUGGGAGGGAACCAAUCACAUUGUCUACAACGGAUCGCUUUACUACAACAAGUACCAGAGCAACAUUAUUGUCAAGUACAGCUUCGAGACGGGCAGCGUGCUGGCGCAGCGAGCUUUGGAGUUUGCCGGCUUCCACAACAUGUACCCCUAUACAUGGGGGGGAUACUCUGACAUUGAUGUCAUGGCUGACGAACUGGGAAUGUGGGUUGUGUACGCGACCAAUCAAAACGCCGGAAAUGUCGUCAUCUCUCAGAUCGACCCCGACACCCUGCAGGUCCUGAAGACUUGGACCACCGAAUACUCCAAAAGGAAUGCAGGCGAAUCUUUCAUGAUCUGUGGGACGCUCUACAUCACCAACUCUCACCUGUCUGGAGCAAAGGUUUACUACGCUUACUCUACCAAGACUUCAUCUUACGAAUACAUAGACAUUCCUUUCCACAACCAGUACUUUCACAUCUCCAUGCUUGACUACAAUGCCAGAGAGAGAGCACUGUACGCCUGGAAUAAUGGACACCAGGUAAUAUUUAAUGUCACCCUGUUUCAUGUCAUCAAAACUGAAGAUGACUCCUAAACGUGAAACUUUACCAACCACAACUAAAGCACCAUCAUUUGUGAUACAAGGACCUCCUAAUUAACCAUGUUUUCUUUUGUCAGAAAUGGAUCUUUACUUGCCAUUACUUGAACUUUUCUAAUUUGUGGCGCUGGAUUCUUGGCUGAAUUGAGCAUGGGCACCAAUGACUUAAUACUUUACUGGAAAACAUACUAUACAUUUUUUACACUUUUCCAUUGCUGCUGAUCAGACUGGUAUGCCUUAUUUGCUAAGUAUUGGGUCUGCCAACUGAAAACUCUCGAUAGCUUUUGCAUGAAUGUCAACAUUUUGUCUGCAGUGAUUUGCUAUAAUAUAUGGCUGUGUUUUGUUGCAAAUCUGUGACUUACUUACAGUGUUUGCUUUUUGUCUAUUUAAAAACCUAUUUAAAAGUAUUUAAACCUUUAAAGCAGCCUAUUGCAUAUUUGCUACCCUGUAAAGUUAGCUGGUUAUAAAGUAUAGCAGCCAUUCUUUUAAAGAUGGCCCUGUAAAAUAUUGCUGUUACGUAUGUCUCUGUGAAAGAAGAACAUUUGUAUUUUUUAUAAAAGAAACCCAUAGGAGGAUAUCUGUGCAUUUUCAUUAAAAUUAAAUAUUGUACAUUUCAUUAAAAUGGUUUUGACUGGUAAAAUGAA